UGCUGCGCUUGUUUGUGCUGGAAGCUCAGCUGAUGCGGGCCUGCCGGAGUAGAUGUCAAUGCCGGGAAGAGACCAGUAUCCACAGUCGCCUGUGAUUGCGGCCUGCAUCCCGGUAAGACCAUGAAUUAUGGCAUUUCUUAAAUGAAGCAUUCACAAAUGAAGUGAGAGAAUGUCAUAUAGAAAAUAAAUGAUUUUUAAGUUAUGUCUUUUAGUUUGACUAUAGAUAUAUAUAUUUACCUCCUUAGUAAUGCAAGAAGUCUUUGUGGGAAGCAGAGAAGCAAGCAGCUGCUUUUUGGGUGUUUACCUAAACAUUUCUGGAGGAUAAGCCAUAUCAGUCUACAAAGAGGUUUCCAUGCCAGCAAAGUAAGAUGUAAAUGGACCAAAAAUGAAGCUUAUUCUUGGAGUAAGCACUAUUACUCCCCAAGCAACCAUGGUUUACAUAUUGGAAUUUUGAAACUUAGUACUUCUGCUCCUAAGGGACUUACAAAAGUAAGCAUUCAUAUGUCCCGUAUUAAAAAUACUUUGAACUCUGUUUCAAAGGCUGUUUUUGGCAAUCACGAUGAAAUGAUUUCACGUUUAGCUCAAUUUAAGCCAAGUUCUCGAAUAUUAAGAAAAGUAUCAGAUGGUGGCUGGUUAAAACAGAAAAAUUUUAAACAAGCCAUCAAAUCUCUGAAAAAAUAUAGUGAUAAAUCAGCAGAAAAGAGUCCUGUUGCAGAAGAGAAAAGUCACAUUACAGAUAAAGAAGAUUUAGGUAAACAAAGCCUUUUUCGUUACACAACUAGCAUAACUACAAAAUUUGGAGAGUCAUUCUACUUUUUAUCAAAUCAUAUUAAUUCAUACUUCAAACGUGAGGAAAAAAUGUCUCCAAAAAAGGAAAAUAAACAUUUUCAGGUCAAAUCCGAACUUGAAGGUGAAAAGACUCAAGAAAAGAAGUCCAUAUCUCCAGAUCCUGGCAUCCUGACUGAUAAGCCAGGCUCUGGAUCUUCCAUUGAUACUGUGGACAAGCCUGCAAGUCAGAGUGGAAUGCCUGAUGUUCUUCCAGUUUCUACUAAACAAAGUAUUGCUAACUUUCUUUCUCGACCCACUGAAGGUGUUCAGGCUUUGGUAGGUGGUUAUAUUGGUGGACUUGUCCCCAAAUUAAAAUAUGAUUCAAAGAGUCAGCCAGAAGAACAGGAAGAUCCUACUAAAACUGAGCAGGCUGUCAGCAAAGAAAAAACUGCAGAAGAGAAAAAGCACUUAUCUCUUCAGCGAGAAAAGAUUAUUGCAAGAGUAAGUAUUGAUAACAGAACCCGGGCAUUGGUCCAGGCAUUAAGAAGAACAGCUGACCCAAAGCUCUGCAUUACUAGAGUUGAAGAAUUGACUUUUCAUCUUCUAGAAUUUCCUGAAGGCAAAGGAGUGGCUGUCAAGGAAAAAAUUAUUCCAUAUUUAUUACGACUGAGACAAAUUAAGGAUGAAACUCUUCAGGCUGCAGUAAGAGAAAUUUUGGCUUUAAUUGGCUAUGUGGAUCCAGUGAAAGGGAGGGGCAUCCGAAUUCUCACAAUUGAUGGUGGAGGAACGAGGGGUGUAGUUGCUCUUCAGACACUGAGGAAAUUAGUUGAACUUACUCAGAAGCCAGUUCAUCAGCUCUUUGAUUAUAUAUGUGGCGUAAGCACAGGAGCCAUAUUAGCUUUCAUGUUGGGAUUGUUUCAUAUGCCCUUGGACGAAUGUGAAGAACUUUAUCGAAAAUUAGGAUCAGAUGUAUUUUCACAAAAUGUCAUUGUUGGGACAGUAAAAAUGAGUUGGAGCCAUGCAUUCUAUGACAGUCAAACAUGGGAAAAGAUUCUUAAGGAUAGAAUGGGUUCUGCACUAAUGAUUGAAACAGCAAGAAACCCUACAUGUCCUAAGGUAGCUGCUGUAAGUACCAUAGUAAACAGAGGGAUAACGCCAAAAGCCUUUGUGUUCAGAAACUAUGGUCAUUUUCCUGGAAUCAACUCUCAUUAUUUGGGAGGCUGUCAGUAUAAAAUGUGGCAAGCCAUUCGAGCCUCAUCAGCAGCUCCAGGCUACUUUGCAGAAUACGCAUUGGGAAAUGAUCUUCAUCAAGAUGGAGGUUUGCUUCUGAAUAACCCUUCAGCAUUAGCAAUGCAUGAGUGUAAAUGUCUUUGGCCGGAUGUCCCACUAGAGUGUAUAGUAUCCCUGGGCACUGGACGUUAUGAGAGUGAUGUGAGAAAUACUGCAACAUACACAAGCCUGAAAACCAAACUUUCUAAUGUUAUCAACAGUGCUACAGACACAGAAGAAGUCCAUGUAAUGCUUGAUGGCCUGUUACCUCCUGACACCUAUUUUAGAUUCAAUCCUGUCAUGUGUGAAAACAUACCUCUUGAUGAAAGUCGAAAUGAAAAACUGGAUCAGCUGCAGUUGGAAGGGUUGAAGUAUAUAGAAAGAAAUGAACAAAAAAUGAAAAAAGUUGCGAAAAUUUUAAGUCAAGAAAAAACAACUCUGCAAAAAAUUAAUGAUUGGAUAAAGUUAAAAACUGACAUGUAUGAAGGUCUUCCAUUCUUUUCAAAAUUGUGAUGAGUGUAUGCAUAUGUUCUGAAAAAGAAAGCCUAUUCAGAAGGCCCGCCAGAUUCAGUAAGGAAUUGUGGUCAACAUCAGUUAACUUUGAAAUACUUAUGAAUUCUGGGGAAUCCUGAAAAUGACAGUGCUUUGAGGAGUUUGCACAGUACAGAAAUAUGCUUGGUUACAGAAUUCAAAUGGGAAUUAGGUUUUUUAAGAUGUUAACAGUUAACUAAGCUUUAGGAAUUUUACUAUUGUGCUAGUUUUAAUAGAUGUUGGUGUUAAAUUGUUUGAUGUUUGAGAAAUCAUUAAUAUAUGUGCCAAACAAGAAACUGAGAAUAUCAUAUUAUCCUUUGUAUUUUUGCUUAGUCAUCAAAAUCAUGUAGAAUUCAUGUGAUCACUGAUUUUCUUUCAUGUCAGAAAGUUAAUUUCUUCUUACACUUACAUAUUUUUUCAUUAGCUGCAUUCUGCAAUCCUUUUACUGUACCAUCAUCUACAUAUAUGCAGAAAGUGGAAUUUUCUUUGUUAAAAUACUUUUACAUUUGAAAUAAGAAAUAAGCGAUACUGUUUUCUAUUCAAAAUUUGCUUAUUUCAACAUUGUUUGGUUAAAGAAAUAGGUGAUGUUCCAAUGAGCCACCUUUUCCCCCUGAAAUUUCAAGAUGAUAAAUUUGUGUUUACCUUUCUAGAUUUAACUUUAUCAUUUGCUGUUACAAAAUUAAUUUUUUGAAGUUACUGAGAAAAUAGUUCUAUCAUCAACAAAAAUAAAUUACUGAAAUAAUCUAUUAUUAAAGGGUAAUGUCAUUUUGAAUUUUUUAUUGUUCACAGUAUAGCUCCCCAUUUCUUAUAGCAUUUGACCCCACCUAUGAGCAGUAAUACAUAAACAAAUUGUUGGGCUUCUUACUUCAUUAACUCCUUUAACCAUCUGGAUUUCACAGAAGUUAAAACAUUGCCUUGAAACAUUGUGCCAAACAGAUUCAUUUUUGUAGUGUUAUUUAUUUGCCAUGUAAAUCAUGUCUAGAUUUCCCAAGAAAAAUAAAUGUAAGAACCCUUUGCUUUGUACUUAUAAGCUAAAGCUUACCCUGUCGCCCAGAUUGUCAUAUUGCUGCUUUUUAACAUUGAUUCUCAGAAGCAAUGAGACAUUCUAAGAGUGCUGGGAGGAGUUGGCAGUAUGGAUGUUGAUGGUGUGUCUGCUGCACAGGCCUUCUGUGACUUUGAGGAAGAUGGACAAUGUCUCUGGGCUUUAGAUAUUUUACUUGCAAAAAGAGGAAAGCUAACUCUAAAAUUUUGUGACAUCUAAAUUACUUUGUUUUUAGGCACAGGAUAAGUAAGCUUCCAGUGACUGCUGAAAAUAAUGUAAAAUAGCCCUUUCAGAUCACAAAUAUAUACAAACUUUUAUACAACUAGGACAACUUAUAAAUGUAAGAAAAUACAGAUAACUGGAAUUAUGAAUAUUUGGGGUGAAUUCUUUGUUAUAAAGCAAAUUUCAAGCACAAUAAAGUAAAAUUUACAGUGCACGUUUUUAUAAGGUCACUCUUUCUGCAACCUGACACACUUCAUCUGUUUUGCAGCUGAUGUUUACUCUCAGUUCCUUGUUUGUGCUUGGCCAAUUAUUUUUCUCUUGAAAGGGAUAAUACACAAGUAAACUCUGGUCGUAGCUUCUUUCUUCAACCGAAUAGCAUGACAUCUACGUAGUAGGUACAUCCAGUUGUGUGGUGCACUAGUUUUCAAUUGUUCCUGUCCCCAUUUGUACUUGAAACUGGUUAUCUGAACAACUGUGUAAUUCACCUGAGAUAACCUGCAUUUUAUAAUGAGGCCAGUGCUUUCUUUGUUGAAAAACAACCCAAAAAGAAGAUUCUGUAAAUAUGCAAGAGAAAGAUAGGAAAAGAUAUUCAAAUGAAUUUCCAAUCCUAUACAAUGACUGCCAUUCUCAAAGAAGCAAUGAGGAAUAAUAAUCUGCUUUAUGAAAUGUAAUAAAUCCUCCAACUCAAUUAUAUUGAAAAAUAGAAUAAAAAUUAUUUUGAUGCUCAGGC